AUGUCUGGACGUGGUAAAGGUGCAGGUAAGGUCAGAGCAAAGGCAAAGACCCGCUCCUCCAGGGCUGGACUCCAGUUCCCAGUUGGCCGUGUUCACAGGCAUCUGAGGAAGGGAAACUAUGCCCAGCGUGUCGGUGCCGGAGCUCCCGUCUACCUGGCGGCGGUGCUGGAGUACCUGACCGCUGAGAUCCUGGAGCUGGCUGGAAACGCUGCCAGAGACAACAAGAAGACCAGGAUCAUCCCCCGCCAUCUGCAGCUGGCUGUCCGCAACGACGAGGAGCUCAACAAGCUGCUGGGAGGAGUGACCAUCGCUCAGGGAGGAGUGCUGCCCAACAUCCAGGCGGUGCUGCUGCCCAAGAAGACCGAGAAACCCGCCAAGAAGUAAACCCAAGGCCCGGUUCCGUCAACAACACAAAGGCUCUUUUAAGAGCCACACACAUUUACCUUAAAGAGCAAGAUCCCAGUGCUGUUUCUAUUCAACUUAGAUCGUGUUUGUGGAAGUUACUAUUGUUUGCCUUAACCAU